UGCUGCGGGUUGAACCUAACCCCGAAGAAAGGGCUCUUCCGCCCAAGCUGUUUCCAUGGCAAUCAAACAUGGCGCCGGGGAGCCAACCAAUUCUGUCGUCCACUCCUCUGCAGGUCCUCCUCUACCUGAACGUCUGGUACUUUGCGGCCUUCUACCUGGCAGAGAUCCUGAUGUUCAUCUAUAAAGGGAUCAUGCUGCCCUACCCGUCUGAUAACCUGGUUCUGGACGUGGUGCUGCUGCUGCUGUUCCUCGGCCUGGAGACCCUCAGGAUCUUUUACGGGUGGAAGGGGAACCUGUGUGAGCGCUCUCUGGCGUCGUGUGCGUCGCUCUUCAUCCUGCUUCCCUGCGCGGCGCUGGCCGUUUACUACCUGCUGCUGCAGACCUUCGUCCUGCGGCUGGAGUUCCUCCUCAGCGCCGUGCUGCUCGUCUUCUACGCCCUCGAGUUCCUGCUCGGACUCCUCUCCUUAUCCUCCUUCUCCAGGUGACCAAAUCAUCUCAAAUCGGGUGGGGGGGUCUCAGUAUAUAAAAAAGUAGGGCUGUUUUCGACUAAGGAUUUUCAUAGUCGAAUCUGAUUCGUCAGAUUUUGCCGUAGUCGACUGAUAGUCCAACCUUUUUUUUUUUCAGAUAGCAGCUAGAUCUUUAUAUUUUUCCGUUUCAAACAAAAGAGCUCAAAAAACAUGGUAGGUGUGAAACAAAUACCUUUAUUUAUUUAAAGCCAGAUAAGUUAAGAGUUAAGAACCUAUUUCUUGGCUUUCAAUUCACCGUUUACACUCGGGAAUCGGGAUAAAAUAAAUAAAUAAUUAAACUUAUCGCAACAGCCUGGAACUAGUGCAAAAUGACAUAACACUUCUUUCCAGCCCUGGCCCUUUAAGCUCCCAUCGCCUGUCCAUCUCCUCGGACAGCGUAGUCUUGAGGAUCUUUGUGGUUCGACUGUCGUCCGCAUGCACCACCAAGUCUUUUUUUAAUAUUCAUAAGCAUGGGGACAGUGGCAGACAGGGAUGCAUUAUUUUCUUGGGACAAAAGCUCUGUCAGAGUGAUCAUUGGUUUGAGAACAGCGACAAUGUCCUCUGCUGUGCGCCACUGUGAUGUGGAUAGCUCCAGGUCACGAUCGGACCGUUUGCUCACACUGUCAUCUGUGAGCACGUCUGAAACUGGCCCCUUCUGUUCGAUCAAGCGAUCGAGCAUCAAAUAAACAGAGUUCCAACGGGUGACAACAUCCUGCAUCAGUUUAUGCUGAGGAACGUUCUGUUGUUUCUGUUUAUCUUGAAGUGCUGUGGUGGCCUUUGCGCUUUUUUUUAAAUGAGAAACCAAGCGCCUUGCAGCAGCAACAGUGCGGCAAAUGGGGUCCUGCUUCAGAGCGCUGUUUAUGCAGAGUUGUAAUGUGUGGCCCGCGCAGCGCACCCCUUUCAUAUUUCCCCAGGAGGGCUGCUGGACCAACUGGUUGGUGCACGCAACCAUGGUUGGUGCAUGCAACCAUGUUUGCUGCGUUGUCAUGCACCACAGAAACAAUCUUGGUACUUGGAAUGUCCCACUCGCAAAUUAUCUCCGUCAGUUCUCGUGCAAUGUGAUCGGCUGUGUGACUGUCCUCCAUUUUUUUUGUUUCUAAAACAAAACUCUCCAGUCACCAGUCUCCAGUGAUGAAAUGUGAUGUGACUGUGAGAUAAGCCUCCAUCUGAAGCGAGGUCCAUCAGUUGUGAAACUGACAGCUUCACAGUCCUGUAUUGCCCUGUAUAUCUCUGACCGUGUCGACAGAUAUUUUGUGUGCACGAUAUCCAUCACCGUAGCUCUUGUAGGGACGGUGUAGCCUGGCUCAAGUGUGCGCAAGAAUUCUUUAAAUCCCCCACCCUCAACAAUGCGCACAGGCCUCAUAGCAAGUGCCACAAACUCCGCAAUCUGUUCAGUAAUUUCCCUUUUUCUCUUCUCUGAAAGUGGUGGUCUCAAAUCAAGUUUUUUUUUGCGUUAAUCUCGGGGCCGCCGCUGAUGCAGACGUGCCGGCUGAGUUGUCGUCAUGACACUCCGGGUGUAACUGUAAAUGAUAGAAUAAUAUAACAAUAAUACUUUAAUGCCUGUAUUGAUAAAAGAGUGGUAGAACUGUUUGUUUGUUUGUAAAGUUAACAAGCCUUACCCGCUUCAAAUGGUAUGCCAUGUUGGUUGUCGUCGUGUGAUAUGCAAGAACCUGCUCACACAACUUACACUUCACUUUCUUCGGGUCAUCUUUAACCUUUUCAAAAUAGUUCCACACAUUUGAUGUCUCUUUAGUAGCCAUAGUGAGCCAAUAAAACGGUCCUGUGUGCUGCUCACCUGCGCUCAUUUGGAUUGCGCAACUGCAGUGGGUGUG